AUGCCUCGUGAAGAGAAGGCGAAGAGCAACAACCCACCCGGAAACAAAUAUCAGGGGGGCCAUGUUUAUCGAGGUGUGAUUACCAGACCGGAACUACCAUCCGACGCAAUGAAGCAGUUGAGGAGCCUCUUGGAGGAUGUCGGACGGUGCACUCUCGAGGAGUGUCAGGGAUUUUUUCAAGACCCCAAGGUGUGCGAAGAAGCACCCGAGAAGGCCUUGUUCGUCGGCUUCAAUAAGGUCAUCGCCGACAAGAAGACCUUCAAGGAAUAUGAGGACGACGCCAGUUGUCUCUAUUGCCGUCUUGUUUAUCACGCGCCAUACGGACACCCCUUUUCCGAAUUGCCCCUCCACCAAGCUUGCCGCAACGGAGUUCCACUACAAAUAAUCCAGCUCUUGGUGGAACGGUUCCCCGAGUCUGUGUGGAUACCAAAUGAAAAGGGAGAACUCCCAUUGCAUGCUGCUUGCGGAAGGUAUUGCCAACGGUCGAGGCACCGCAUUGAUGGCACGCUGCAAUGGCAUUGUUCUUGCGGUAGCGUUUGCAAGCGGAAGGGAGGGCAUGACUUGGAGGUGAUUCAAUAUCUCAUUGACAUUUAUCCAGAAGCACUCACAGUAGCAGGGAAGCGGAAUUGUUUCCCUCUCCACCACGCCGUUCAAAGCGGCGCAUCUCUGGAGAUCAUCCAAGUGCUGGUUGAAGCUGCCCCGCAGGUAUUGCAGGCGAAACGCAGAAUUGGGUGUCGGGCUUCCCUUCGUUCAGCGAGCAAAAUAACGUUUGCAUACCCAAGCAGCGCACAAGGUACACCAUUGGAAGUGGCCAAACGGGGCAGCCCAAGUACCCCCUGCCCCGUGGAGGUGGUGCAGUAUUUGAAGACUGUCACGAAUGCGCCUGAUCCAGCUUUGGAGGUCGCUUUUCAAAAAAUGUAG